AUGGAAGAGGUGCAUGUCCAUCUCCACGAACGCCCGCCUAUGGCCUUCGACUACCAGCGAGCAAGUGCCGACAAAAUGCUUCGCCUUUUGGAUAUCCUUCUCCCAGCUGACUUCAACGGCGAAGUAUUCGAUGACAGCAUCAUCAUGGACGAAGUCGACGAUGCCCUCAAUGCGGCCAACUGA